AUCUCGUUGGGGACCAAGGUGUCGGUUGGCGCGCAACGGGUUCUAGACUGCAGGCAGCUCGAGGACCCGCGGCCCCGCCCCGGCCCGGCCUGGCAGGUAGCAGAGGCAGCAGGCCGUGCCGGGGGGGCAUGUUGCUGUAACCAGUGACCCAGGGGAUGUUACGGUGGACAGUGCACCUGGAGGGCGGGCCCCGCAGGGUGAACCAUGCUGCAGUGGCUGUUGGGCACCGGGUAUACUCCUUCGGGGGUUACUGCUCUGGUGAAGACUAUGAAACACUGCGUCAGACUGAUGUGCACAUUUUCAAUGCAGUGUCCUUGCGUUGGACAAAGCUGCCCCCAGUGAGGCCUGCCAUCCGUGGGCAGGCUCCUGUGGUACCCUACAUGCGGUAUGGACACUCAACUGUCCUCAUCGACGACAUGGUCUUCCUUUGGGGCGGGCGGAAUGACACCGAAGGAGCCUGCAAUGUGCUUUAUGCCUUUGAUGUCAAUACUCACAAGUGGUCCACACCCCGUGUGUCGGGAACAGUUCCUGGAGCCCGGGAUGGACAUUCAGCUUGUGUCCUGGGCAAGACCAUGUACAUUUUCCGGGGCUAUGAGCAGCUGGCGGACUGCUUUUCCAAUGACAUUCACAAGCUGGAUACCAGCACCAUGACAUGGACCCUUAUCUGUACAAAGGGCAACCCUGCGCGCUGGAGGGAUUUCCACUCGGCCACAAUGCUGGGCAGUCACAUGUAUGUCUUUGGGGGACGUGCUGACCGCUUUGGGCCAUUCCAUUCCAACAACGAGAUUUACUGCAACCGCAUCCGUGUCUUUGACACCAGGACUGAGGCCUGGCUGGACUGUCCCCCAACUCCGGUGCUGCCUGAGGGCCGCUGGAGCCACUCAGCCUUUGGCUACAAUGGGGAGCUGUACAUCUUUGGUGGCUAUAAUGCGAGGCUGAACCGGCACUUCCAUGACCUCUGGAAGUUUAACCCUGUGUCCUUUACCUGGAAGAAGAUUGAACCAAAGGGGAAGGGGCCAUGUCCCCGCCGGCGCCAGUGCUGCUGUAUUGUUGGUGACAAGAUUGUUCUCUUUGGGGGUACCAGUCCAUCUCCUGAGGAAGGUCUGGGAGAUGAAUUUGACCUCAUAGAUCAUUCUGACUUACACAUUUUGGACUUUAGCCCUAGUCUGAAGACUCUUUGUAAACUGGUCGUGAUUCAGUAUAACCUGGACCAGUCCUGUUUGCCCCAUGACAUCAGGUGGGAGCUGAAUGCCAUGACCACCAACAGCAAUAUCAGUCGCCCCAUCGUCUCCUCCCAUGGGUAGGAGAAAGUUGCUGCCGCCUCCCUUCCCGAGCCUGCUAUUAUCUUCACUGCCCCUUCCCAUCCCUCACCUGCCUGCCCCUUUGGACCCUGGACUCGGUAUACCUCUGCGUGGAGUUGUUGGACUAGAGGUGUUUCCUGUGCUGUGAACUCAGUGGGGAGCUGUAGGGGGGAGGGCGAGAUCCCUCCCCCCUUGGGGCGAGGGCCCCUUCCCCUUGGUGCUCUGUCCCAUACACCUCCUUCCAACUGCUCCUGGGCCUCUGCUCUGCCCCAGGCCAGCCAGGCUCUGCUGGGAAUUGAAGGAAAUGGGGAUAAGGGAGAAGCAAGCAGUGUCUGAGCCUCAGGAGCUUCCUCCCCACCCUUGUUUCCACCCCCUCCCCCGCUUGAGCCAUGAGCAUCCAUUGGGAGCUGAGAGGAGUUGCAACUGUUGCCAUGAAACCUCCUUCUCCCUGACCUGGGGAGGCGAGGACCGGCAGAUAAUCCCACCCUUCCCUGAGCUGUUGCUGUUCCCUGACGCUCCCAGCCAGCUCAGAUUUUAUAAAAAUGAAUUAAAAAUCUCAAAAAAAAAAAAA